AUGGCCCAGAAAUGUGUUCAUCAGGGCUGCGGCAAGACGUACACGGACCCGGACGAGGUCUGCAAGUACCACCCGGGCCCUCCAGUCUUCCACGAGGGCCAGAAGGGCUGGAAGUGCUGCAAACCGAGAGUCCUGACCUUUGACGAGUUCCUCGAGGUCGAGCCCUGCACCAAGGGCAAACACAGCACCACCGACCUGCCCCCCAAGAUCGAGAAGAAAGAAGAGGACGCCGACGUAAAUCCCACAUCACAGUCCCUCACCUCCAAGCUAUCUGAAGCGGCUCCUCCGCCGGCAGCUGCACCCGCUCGCACACCUCUGGCGCCCCAACCAGCACCCACCGCCCCUCCACCUCCACCCGAAUCCGAAGAUGACGAGCCAUCAGUUGAAAUCCCCGACGGCAAGGUCUGCAGGCGAAAAGGCUGCAAUGCGGCAUACAAGAAGGGGCAGACGCGGUCCGACGACGAGAAGUGCAUCCACCAUCCCGGCGCGCCCAUCUUCCACGAGGGCAGCAAGGGCUACAGCUGCUGCAAGCGACGGGUGCUAGAGUUCGACCAAUUCAUGAAGCUUGAGGGGUGCAAGACUUCGCCGCGCCACCUCUUCAUCGGUUCGGGACAAGACAAGAGCAAGAACACAGCCGCGGGAGGAGGAGGCGCCUCCGCAGACGGCAGCAGCAGCGGCGAGGAACUCCUCGACACGGUGCGCCACGACUUCUACCAGACGCCCUCGACGGUCAUCGUAUCCUUCUUCCUAAAGAAAAUCGACAAAACCAAGGCGACCAUCAAGUUCGCGCCGCAGACGCUGGAGCUGGACUUGCUGACCAGCGAUGCGCCGCAGUACAAGCGCUACAAGACCAGCGUGCCCCUGUUCGGCACGAUCGACACCGAGAAAUCGACGUACCGGAUCCUCGGCACCAAGCUCGAGGUCAGUCUGUACAAGGCGGACGGUGCGAGCUGGCCGGUGCUGCGCUCGGACGAGCAGAGGUCCGGCGAGAUAUACCAGGUUGGGAAGGCGGGACGGGUUUAA